UCCGGAGGAUACGAGAUGGUAUCACCAUAAAGCAAGCAUCUAUCAUGGAAGGAGAAUCGGAAAGCGAAGACGAUGAAAUGAAAAUGAAAAGAUGUCGAUUUCAGAAGCGCCGUCUUCCAUCGUCCGAGUCCGACAGCGAUGUCGAUGGUGAACUCGGAGGCAAACCCGGAAACAAAAAGUGCAGAACGCCAGUUUCGGUUAAAAUCGCGGAAAGUCGAAGGUCAGAAAGAAUUAAAGCCAAGAAGAGUCGAGUAUUUUCCAUGCCUCCUAGAGACGGUGACUGGGAGAAAACCAAGAAUACCAACUACAGAGAGAUAACGCCUAAGAAGCUUGUCAAUGAUUUUACCAGAGUAAACCACCGAUACAACUCGGAUAAUAUUGACCUGUUUGAAGAUUCCUCCAUGAGUGAUUUUAUUGACGACAGUAAUGAUCAGUCUGAGCAGAAUACGAGCGAUUCAGAAAUCCAGCAACCACACAGAGUGAAGAACUUGUUAAAAAGAAAAUCGCGAAACAGAAUCAUUGAAAACCAGACAUCGAGUGACAGUGAUGAAGAGAUCAUCAAAAAAGACACUUUUAAAAAGACACAAGAUUCCGCUGAUCGCAACACUAACACUGUCAAUGUGUCCGCGCAACAAGAGUCCAAUACAGAACCUUGUUUUGAAAAGCAUUCAGCGAAUCAUUGUGAUGGCCGUGAAGACCGUAAAUCUGACCACGGCUGUGGAAACCAUCGUUCUGAACAAGAAGGUCAGUGUUCUGAAUCCAAGACUUGCGGAUCAGCAGAAUCUUCCGACAGUUCAUCAGACGACGACGACGACAUCAAAGUGGUUAGAAAAAGACAGCUGUCGACGUCAGUGUUGGACAGCGAUGAGUUCAGCUCCGAGGACAAAAGUGCUAGUGGUGGUCGGUGUCUGAGACAAAUAAGAACUAUCGAAAAGAGGAACCUGUUGUUUAAAAACUUGAAGGAAGCAAGAGCGAAACAUUUGAAACCUACAUAAUGUUGAGAGCAUGUCCUCCACCGAGUUGACUGCAGGUGUAUCAAGCUAGUUCUUUCCAUAAUAUGGCCACCAUAUUACUUAACAGACAUGAACAAUGGUGGAAUAGUGAACAAAACUGAAUUGAUUUUAGUGACUGAUUGUUUGUUUGCACAAAUCGAUCAUUGAUCGAUUAAUAAUUAAUUAAAAUCCACGCAGGA